ACUGACAUUGUCCUUGUACCUCAGCCGAGCAAGACAGAUCCGAAUGAUCCGCUGGCAUGGCCGCGAUGGAAACGCUUGCUUGCCUAUUAUUCCAUCCUUGUGUUCUCUGGCAUGACCAAUUUUGGCAUCAGCGGCAUUUCACCUGGCUUUGGUCAGCUGGAGAAAGAGUUUGGGGCAUCCAUCGAUCAGCUGACCUAUUUGAUCUCUGUCACUGGGCUGGGGAUGGGGAUGGGAUGCUUCACUAUUACACCGUUGGCUGCCAAGUUAGGAAAACGACCGGUUUGGUUGGCCUGUAUGACAAUCAAUUUUGUGUGCAAUAUUUGGGCUGCUUCCGCCAAAAGCUAUCCUUCGUUGUUAGUAGCACGCUUUCUCGCCAGCUGGGGAGGUGGUGUCAGUGAGCCGUUGUCGCUUGCUACGCUCAAUGACCUUUUCUUGCUUCACGAGAGGGGAACGCAGAGCGGAGCGCAAGCACUUUCGCUGAGCAUCGGGAAUUCCCUAGCACCAAUCAUUAGUGGAUUUCUCAUCCAAUCGAGCGGCUGGCGCUCCUAUCAUUGGCUCGUUAGUAGGCUUUGUGGGCUCAACUGGCUUUUGAUAUUCUGUCUUUAUCCAGAAACAGACUACAGAAGGGACCUCCACUCGUCGAUUGAUGCGACUGGGAUCCACUCAAGCAUCGAGGCCGAGGGCAAUUGGACAUCUAAAGAUGGAGAUCGGAAGUCUAACAGAGUGGAGACUGAGAAUCCAAACAUCAAUCGACCUCAGGUUCCCAAGAAGCCUUACCUUGAGCAGUUA